UAUUUAUUGCAAUAAUGAGUGAAAUAUAUCAUGAUUAUAACGUUGAAAUUAUUUAAAUAUUAUAAUUAGUGCUUUUACCUUUGUUACAACUAUUUUUUAUUUAAUUAAAUUAUGAACGUAGUGUACGAGACUGUGAUUUUAAUAUUAUGUUGUUUAUCACUAGUGUCAUGCUUUGAUCCCUUUUCAAUAGGAACAGGAGCUGCACUUGCAGCAAGUUAUUUAUAUCAAAAUUUAAAAAAUACGGUUUGCUUUUUCAAAGAAUGCUGUACAGAAAGAGAAAUUCCUGCUAAUUUUAACAGGUUAGAAACUAGUCUAAAAGAAAAAUUGUAUGGUCAAAAUUUAGUUCAUGAUGUAGUUGUAAAUGCUUUGAAAGGACACUGGAAUGGUGAGCCUACUAAAGCUUUAACUUUGAGUUUUCAUGGAACUCCCGGUUGUGGAAAGAAUUAUGUUACAACAUUUAUUGUGGAAAGUUUAUAUGCAAAAGGAAGUGAAAGUGUUCAUGUUCAUAACUUUCUAGGAAGAAUACAUUUUCCAUUAAAAGACAAAACAGAAGAAUAUCAGCAAAAACUUUAUCAAUGGAUAAAAGGAAAUGUAACAAAAUGUGCAAGACAAAUCUUCAUAUUCGAUGAAGUAGACAAAAUCCCUCCCAAAGUCCUCAACAUACUUAAACCAUUAAUAGAUUAUAAUGCAAGAAUUGAAUCUGUUGAUUAUCGAAAAGCUGUUUUUAUAUUUCUUUCCAACACAGGGGGUUCUUUAAUAGCAGACCAAUUUCUAAAGCUUUGGCAGCUAGGAGUAAGAAGAGAGGAUAUUCAUUUAAAAGAUUUUGAGAGUCUCAUGACUAAAGGGGCAUUUAAUGAAGAAGGCGGGUUUCAACAUUCCGAUACUAUUAAAAGUAAUUUGAUAGACCAUUUUGUUCCUUUUUUACCCCUAGAACAAGAACAUGUGAUUGAAUGCAUUAGAGAUGAAUACAAAAAACGGGGUGUUCAGUAUCCUUCCCAGGAACUAAUAGAUGAAAUAUUAGUGGGAGUCGAAUGGGGCCCCCAACCUCAUAAUUUAUUUUCGAAAACUGGCUGUAAAAGACUCAGUCAAAAAGUAGCACUUGCAGUUCAGAAGCAUGGAUUGUACAAAAAAAAUAACUAAUUAUUAGGUGUAAAUAUUAUUAUUACAUUUUACAGUACUAAUUUUUUACUUUGAAAA